CAAUCUACUCUCUCAAUUGCUAUUGUCCUUGACGAAAAAUCUUGUUUUUCGUUGUAUAAGUAAUCGGUUAUUAGAGUUAUGAAUAGCACGCUAUCUCCGAAUUGAAUUGGGAUAUAGCGCUAAGCUUCUUCCAUUUCCCUUCAACAUAAAACACGACAAAUCUCGACCUCAUGCUUCUUGAAAUCUUACUAUCAACACCAGAAAUGGCCUCUAGCAAAUCGGAAAUUGAAAAGCUCGGCUUCGCAGGCUUGCCUGCAUUAGCACCAGAUCUCGGUCACGAAAUAGUCACCAUCCUCGUUGGAUCAGAGCGCAAGAAAUUCACAGUCCACAAGAGAUUGCUUUGCGCCUCUGCUACCAUGUUCCGCGGCGCAUUCAGCGGACAAUUCCUCGAAAGCCAAGAAGGAACUAUGACUCUCGAGGAGGAUAGUCCUGCCGUCUUUGCACUCUACGUCGAAUGGCUCUACCGCUCAUCUGUUUCUGUCAUCAGUACAGACCCACACGCUCAUCUUCGAGACCUUUACGGUCUCUACUUCUUUGCUGACAAGCUCCUUCUCCCGGCACUGAAAGACAAGACCAUGGACGCCAUUCAAGACGUUUCCCUCAAGCAUGGCAUCUUGCAGAGUAUCUGUACGCCCGAAAUGAUUCAGAAAGUGUGGGCCAACACUUCAGCUUCCGAAAACCGAGAAGAGAGGGGUCUCCGAGCCUUUGUUAUCCAUGCGGCAACAUAUGUAUUAGUCAAGAGAGCCGAGGUGGACCCAGAUGACGAGGCGGACAGCGAGGAUGACCUGUAUGAGAAGAUGGAGGUUAGGAAGCAGCUAGUAUGUCCGAACAAGGCUGAUCUUCAGUGGAUGUGGGAGCUUUCCAAAGGAAGCUUUGAGAUCUACAGGCAAUUCAUCUAUCGUAUCGAUUGGAAGAGUUCGCUCAUAGGAGAUCCGCGGAAGAGAUAUCACAAUAAUCCUCGGUCUGUUCACCGCUUCCACUGCAGCAAGAAAGGUUUCAAUGCUGAGCAGCAGGAAGAUAUGAGACUGUCUCGAAGACUUGCUGCUGCCACGCUGUCGCAGGGUACCGAGCAGGGCUGAGCUAGAUGGAUGAGGUCCUCAGGGUCAGAACGUAGUAGGAUUUGCCAAUUUCGUCCACAAAGUUCUUCUACAGAAUCCCACCAAUUUCUGUCCCUUCUGCCUUUCGUUCGUAAACCUUUGUGACUUUCUGA